GCACUAUUUCUCCCAAUUCUAGUCAAAAUGAGUUGUGCUAACGAGAAAUGUAAGCAGCGUUUUAAAGGUGUCGAAAACUUUCUUCGUAAAGUUGCAUUUAACUUAGGAAACACUCCCUCUCAAACAGAAGUGAAGAUAAUAUCUUGCAUACCAAUUGAUGUUACCGAUUUACAGCAAAAAAUCAUUUCGCUUGAAAAGGAGCUUGACGCAGUUAAAGCGAGUAAACCGGAGCCUGUAGCAAAGACUAUAGCCUGCUGCCCCAACGCGGCAAAUGCGCUUCAUAUUUACUGCCAGCCCAACGCCGCCCAAACUGCGCGUAUAGAACAAAGUGAGGGAGCAUACAUGAAACGCAGCGAAACAGAAAAUUCUCUAAGUACACAACCUUUCAGCUUAAAGAACAGUAAUUCGGCUUGUCCAUGCUGCACAGACGGUAUCAACGCUACUUAUGGAGAUAACCAACAAAUAGAGACAGAAACGCAGUGUCAGAUGCAGGGCGCCAUCAAAAAGGGCAAGCUGAAAAACGUUCUAAAGAGGAAAGGGAAAUACAAAACACAUUUAGUGUAUUACGCUCAAACGGAGAGUGGACCUUUUGCGACCUACCAAAAUCAGACGCGUGCUACAGAUAAGACAGGUUCCAGAGCACCUAACGAGGACAUCAGUCGUAAUUACAUAUCCGAAGUGAUCCAAAAACAGUACGCGGCUGUGCCUAUUGCAGAAGAGUUCCCAGUAUGCGAUCAGAUUUCCUCCCCUGUGUGCAGGGACCUGGACUCCGAGCCUGACCGACAAUGCAACAAUAACUGCGAUACCGACUUAUGUUCUUGCUUACAUGGAGCCUUCCAAAACAUUGAUCAGUCACCAAACCGAGUUCACAUUGACCCAAUUCCCACCUGUUUCUACAACAACGACGCUAAUACUUCUGACUUUUAUGACACGAGUCUUUACGACAUGGUGCCUGUAAAAGAGAAACCCGCCAAAUCCACAACUCGUGAAGCAGCCAAAAGAAAAUUACAUAUAGGAGACAUGGACGCAAUGUCCGGGAAAUAUCGCCAGAAGUACAGAUAUCAUCCGUUUGCCGUAAACUAUAGUAAAAUAUCACCAAUGCCUGUCGUUUAUCCCAAAAAACUGCCCGUGAACAUUAUCAACAAGAAAGAGAGGCAAGGCAAAGAUUUAUCCAAAAGAGAAGAAGUUAUGAGGCAACUAGAGAGAAACCAAGAAUGUAUAAAAAAAUGUAGCAUCGAUUGCGGUAAUGUCUACGUGAAGAGAAUUGACGGCAAAAUCAAACAACCGACCAUCAAUCCGAUAGUUUCAAUAACUCAUAAAAAUGCAGAAUGUCUUACGAACAAUGUGAAGGAAUCAGAAUGUCAGACCACGACAUCGCAAAGCGUGCAAAUCGACAAAGAUCUUUUUCAAGACGAUAAAAAGACUGAAGAUGCAUUGAAUCAAAUUAAGUCCAUAUUACAAUCUGUACUCACAGAAGUGAAGACCAAUAGUCAAGGGAAAAAAGUGGUACAUGAAAAACCUACUAAAGACGCUAUUGUGCAGAAGGGUAUGUCACAAGGAAUGAUGCCCGGGUGCUCCAGUAUGCUUAAUAGUUACACCUAUAGCCCGUACAAUAUGAAUCCCUACGUGGCGUCGUGCUCACGACAAGUCAAUCCCGGCGCCGCUUGCUGCCUAAACUUGCCGUAUGUAUCUGGGAAAUACAUGCACAACUUCCCUGUUUUCAUCCAGAGUCCAAUGCGUGACAUGUGUUCAUGUUAUAGAAAUAGUUCUAAGGCUGCCAAGGAUAUGAGGCUAAAACUGGCAGCGACCACCGCUACCAACACAGAGGCUAAGGAACGAAGCGAAGAGACGCAGAAACUGAUUCAAGAAAUUUAUAAAUCAGUGAAACUAAACAUGGGAAUGCUUACGAAAGAUACCUCAGCCAGCGAAAACGAUGGGAUUACACCCACAUCGCGUCAAUCUUUUAACAAAUCCGUCGAUGUUGCUACUGUUCGAGAAGAAGGAAUAAAAACAUUCGUGAAAUCCAAUGCAGAUCCUAAAACGCCGUCUAAAGAGACAGCUGCAACUCCAUUGAUGAAUGAGAACAAUAAAAUGACCUCUUACACCACGAGUUUACAAUCUCAAAUGAUGAGUACGACAGACACAGAGCGGUAUUUGAGGAAGAAUCGCAUAGAGAACUAUUUGAAAAAUUUAGAAACACAGAAGGUGAAUCCUAAUAGAAUUGUAGAAGAGUACGAUGCCCCCUCGCCCAGCACCAGUGAAGAGUCUUCGGAAGAGGAGAGAAGCGAAGACGACGAAGUUACAUCAAUCAAAGAGCUGAAUAAGACACCGCAAAAAAGAGGUCUGUUUAGGAAAAUGUUCAAUGGAUCUUUUAAAAUGUUCAAAAGCAAGCCAAAGAAAAAGGAGGAAGAAAUACAAGUGGAGAAUGAGACAGAAGACGAAGAGUCUGAAGGAGAAUCGGACGACUACCAAACCAUUUACAGCCAGAAGGAAGUUGAUCGAGUACAGAAGCAUCAUGUUGCGUACCCAGCUCGUAAUCUGGUGAAGGGCAAGUCACACUCCAAGAUUUCGUUUUCCAAACACCAGAGGAACCAAGAGAGGCAGUGGAGGUCCCCGUAUAUGGAACAAGAAUACAGACGGCAUUGGAAUGAGAAAUUCAUGUCCCAUGAGAACCAACACAGGCAUUCUUCCGAAAGCCCGCCUUCGGUACAGAAUGAUCGCCGGCGACCAAACCCCAUUUAUAGUCGAGACUACCAGGCCAUGAGCGCUCAGGUCGGCCACAGCCGCAACCGAUCGGUAGACGCGUCUAUCAACCAGUCCGCGCCGAUGUAUAUCCAAACCAAGAACAGAGGCGUCACGCUGCGGAUCCCAAGAAAAACUGGUCCCAAAACCCCAAUGAAAGGCCUCACGUGGCUCAAGAAACACAAACCGGCCUGCGGCGAGCAGUGGAAGAAAAUCGUUCUUGAAGGUUAAAACGCUAACAUUAAAAAUGUUGUGCUGUGACAUUUUGUGAUUCUAAAGUUGUACACGUUAUAAGUUUGUCUAAUAAAAAUUGUUUGUUGCAUUUGGAAUGAUUUAUUCUU